AUGACUGCUAUAGCAGCUGAGAGUCUGAAGCAAUCGGGUACAGAGGAAGAAACCAGCGAAACGGCCUUAGAGCUGAUAAUCGAUUUGACCAUUACCUAUGCUUUGGAUUCUGCCAUCGAAGAAAGUUUACCUUCUGAAGUGGAACCAGUGGAAUUUAAAUCAGAAGAGAGGUUGACCGUCCCUCUAACUAGAAUGAAAUUCGGAAGAGAUGUUCCACACAUAUCGUAUGGGGAAUGUGAGCAAAGCACUUCCGGAUACAAGAAUACAUUGAAUCGCAUAUGUGAGACUAAAAGCUCCGCAGAUGAAUGUCAAAAUGAAGAUGAGAAAGAGCACCACCCAGCCGAGACUAGAGAAGUUGCAGCAUCAGUGAAGGUCUCAAACGCAAACAAACCGGGUAUCGUCUCAUCUCUUCAUUCUCUGUUUUAUUAUUUUGCUCGACGCUCACUGAGUUUUGGAUCCGAUUUGUUUUCC